UAUCUAGCAGCGCGAAUUCUUGUAAACCGAAAGAAUGGCGGCAACGAAGGGGAAGCUACUUUACAAAGUAUACAGAGCGCUGAGCUACGGGCUCUCGCCAUUGCUCUACCUUCAUCUCCGAUGGCGGGUGCUUCGUGGCCUCGAGCACCCUUUCCGAUGGCCGGAGCGUCUUGGUCGUCCUUCCCAUGCUCGUCCUCCUGGUCCACUUCUCUGGUUCCAUGCCGUAUCUUUAGGAGAAGGUUUGGCUACUAUUCCUAUAAUCAAGCAAUGUAUUCAGAGGAGGCCUGAUUUGACCAUUUUGAUGACAACAACCACUUAUUCUGCCUUUCAGGUAGUGAAGAAUUGUCUUCCUACCGGUGUCAUAUAUCAGUUUGCCCCACUUGAUACAGCUGCUGCCGUAGACACUUUCAUUGAACAUUGGAAGCCUAAAGUUAUUAUUUUAAUGGAGAGUGAACUUUGGCCUAAUCUUAUCUUGGGUGCUUCAAAGCGUGGUAUUGCUAUGGCAUUGUUGAAUGCUCGGAUGUCAGCUAUGUCUUUUAAGCGUUGGUCAACUCCAGUUUUUCUUCCACUGGUUUCCUUUAUGCUGUCAAAGUUCUCAUUGAUUCUCCCCUUGAGCAACCUACAGGCCAUCCGGUUCCAGCUUCUUCAGGCUUCGCCACCAACCAUCAGUUUUGCUGGUGAUCUGAAAUUUGCCGUUGAAGAUGUUGGUAUGUCAGAGGAAGAGAUCAAAAAGGUUGAAGAUCUAAGAGCACAAUUGGCCCAAAGACAAGUUUGGAUGGCUUCGUCCAUACAUAGAGGCGAAGAAGAAGUUAUACUUGAAGUUCACAAAAUGCUCUUAGAAGCACACCCAAAUCUAGUCACUGUGAUUGUACCUCGAUAUCCACAGCAUGGAAAAGAGAUCGCUCUAGAAAUGAAGAAAGAAGGGCAGAAUGUAGCUUUGAGAUCUCAGGGUGAAAACAUUACAUCAGGAACGAAUGUAUAUGUUGUAGACACAUUAGGUGAAUUAAGAUAUUUGUAUGGGAUAACCUCCAUUGCUGUGGUUGGAGGAUCCUUCUUGCCUGGUUUUGCUGGUCACAACAUAUCAGAAGCUGCUGCAGCUGGUUGUGCUGUUUUGACUGGUCCGUAUAUUGGCCAUUUCUCAAGCAUGGUGGUCAAAAUGCAGCAGUUUAAUCCAAUGUCAGUUUUGCAGGUUCAUGGAAAACUGGAACUUGAAGAGGCUCUCAGAAAUCUCCUUAAAGAUGACAGACUUUUGGAAGCGCAUCGAAUGGCCGCAAAACAUGCGCAGCAAGCUUUGGCGAGUGGCAUUAUUGUGGGUACUUGGAACUCACUAAAUUCCAUUGUUCUGAGAAGUGCGUUUGGGUAGAUGACAUGCACAAUGACAAAUGCAGGUUUGAUACUACACGGUGCAAAGAUUUAUUAUGCAAAUUAGUUCAUAAAGAGACUUCAUACCAAAAGAAAUGGACCAAAGAUCAAACCGGCCUGCAACAACGACAAACGCGUGUGAGAUCCAACAUCAUUAAGUAUAUGUAUGUAUGUAUGUAUGUAUGUGUAUAUAAAUAUGUGUGUGACGUGGCCUUACUUCUUAUGUGAUUAACUAAACUAUACACUACAUGUACUAAUUUGGGCAUCGAAAUGUGGUAGGUUUGCUACCAUACGGUGCAAAGAUUUAUUAUGCAAAUUAGUUUAGAAAGAGACUUCAUACCAAAAGAAAUGGAGCAAAGAUCAAACCGGCAUGCAAUGACAACAAAUGCGUGUGAGAUCCAACAACGUUAAGUAUAUGUAUGUAUGUAUGUCUAUAUAUGUGUGUGUAGGCGUGUUUGUAAAGGCGGA